CCGUUAAUCAUCGGAGCGCUCGGGCCGACCACCAUACGAGGGUCCUGUGGCGCAUGGCCAUGGGCGCCAGGAGCACCGCGGUGGGCGCGUCCUGUGGCGCGGCGACCCUGUCCCGGGGCGUGGUGAGCACCAGGAGCGGCGCGUCUGUCAACGUCGUGGUCGUGUCCAGUGGCGCGGUAACCACCACGGGCGCCAUGUCCAGUGGCGCGGCGACCAUAACGGCCAGCGAUGCAACGGCCGAAACGGCAGACGGCCUGCAUCCUGCGACGGAAACGAUGGAGGCCACCAACGCCAUGGUAACGACGAUGGUAGCGACGACCGUCCUCAUGGAUCAGGCGGAGGAAGAAGGAAACAAGGCCAGGCAUCUCACCGGCGGACGCUUAUAUAUCUCCUGGAGAGACACGACGAUCCAGAGGAGGCGUCGGUUCCAGAGAGAUGCGCCGGUUGCCGGGACACAGGCGUCCGCGCGAUGCAACUGCUUGGAUGUUGGGCAAGGGGAGAUUUCCCUUAUACAAAAUUAAUCUCAACAAAUCGCAUUAGCAUCUUGUUGUUUCACUCAUUUUUUUUGCAUUUUCAUGUUGGAGGCAAGUGAACAACAUCACUCUCAAAAGUGA